CCCCGUGCAGGCCGGAGCUUGCAUAACUCCGAGCCACCGCGCUCAGGGCUGCCUGGAAAAGCGGGGGCAGGAAGCGGCUGGAGCCCCCGGGAGUGUCUCCCGUGCAAGCCCCCGGGCGGCGCAGUGCGCAUCGCUGAGGGAAGGGCCGUUCGGAGCCGGUCCCGGGGCUUCUAGCCGCUUGCACAGCAGGGGUGGGCGGACGGGCGAAUUGCGCCGCCUUCCCGUAGCAGGGGGAGGGGGCUGGGGCAGCACGCUGGGGCAAGGGGCCGAUUCCCGCUGUGCCCAGCCUCCAGGGGUUAUGAAACCUCGCCGCCUGGCCCGCCCACAGGCAGCUGGCAGGCUCCGACACACGGAGGUUUGUGCUUCCCUAGGGGAGCCCGCUGGGGAAGGACAGGGCGGCGCAUUUGGGUGGAAGCUGCUGAGGCAGGAUGCUGAAGCCCAACAAACAAGCUCUCGCCUCCGGUUUGGAGCUGCCCAAGUGGACAGCGGUACCAAGCCAGGCUUCAGAUUAUGAAGUCCGGCAGUAUGAACCAGCUAAAUGGGUUGCCACUUCUGUUAAAUCAAUGGACUAUGAUUCAGCUGUCAGCACUGGCUUCAUGAAGCUCUUUAACUAUAUUCAGGGCAAGAAUGAGAAAGGGAUGAAGAUAGAGAUGACAGCUCCAGUAACAUGCCAUGUGGAACCUGGUGCAGGCCCAUUCUGCGAGUCCACUAUUACAGUCUCUUUUUAUAUACCAUCUGAUCAUCAAGCUGAUCCACCUAAGCCAUCAGAGUCAGAUAUUUUAAUUGAAAACAGACCAGAAAUGAUUGUGUUUGUCAGGUCCUUUGGAGGAUAUUCCAGUGCCACAAAGAACCAAGAAGAACUACUGACACUAGCAGAAAGUUUGAAGCGGGAUGGGAAAGUGUUUGAUGAAAAGGUCUAUUAUACUGCUGGCUAUGACAGCCCUUUUAAAUUGCUUAAUAGACACAAUGAGGUGUGGCUUAUCAAGAGAAAUGGAAACCCCAGCAAUCAAAAAUAGGAAACAAAAUGCUUUGAGAGACAGAAGUUGUUUAUUCAGACACUUUUUUUUUGCCUGGGAAUUGUAAGUACUUUUUUUUAACAUCUAGACAGAUUAUAAUCUGUCAGAUUUCAAAUGUGCCUCUUCUAGAAUGACACUACAGUUUUCCCCAUUCUGGUAACACUUUCAGUUAGAGUAGAAAGCCAUGAAAUUUUCCGUUUUCCUUCCACUUCACACCAUGUUCCCUAUUUCCCUCCCCUUAAAAUCCAUCUAGCACACACUUAGAGAGGUUGCUACAGUAUAACACAAGGAACUCUUCCUAUGUUUUCUGUGGCCACACUCUUUACUGCAGAUCCGAUCUCUCACCACAGAGCUGGGCUCCACAAUAAGCUUUUAUUAAAAAAAAAAAAAAAAAAGUCUGUAUCUGCAGUGGUUGUGUAGAAAACAAGAACUUAGUGUCUUUGCAACCAGCAGAAAAACAACAACUGAGGUUUGAAUGGCCUCAGUCAUCUCAAUGGGCUGUUACCUCAAAGAUGACAGUUUAAAUAUCAGGUUUCAGAGUAGCAGCCAUGUUAGUCUGUAUCCGCAAAAAGAACAGGAGUACUUGUGGCAUAAAUAUUUAUUCCACUCUAUAUGCAUCCGAAGAAGUGGGCUGUAGUCCACGAAAGCUUAUGCUCUAAUAAACUUGUUAGUCUCUAAGGUGCCACAAGUACUCCUGUUAGUUUAAAUAUCAAUAUUAACUAUUUCAGUGCUAACAGAACUUUAGCACUAUCAUAGAAUCAUAGGACUGGAAGGGACCUCGAGAGGUCAUCUAGUCCAGUCCCCUGCACUCAAGGCAGGACUAAGUAUUAUCUAGUAGGCUAUUGCCUGGAGCAGCUGAGUUUGAACUUUGACAGCAUAUCGUGUGCCAGCACUGGACUGACAGUCCAUUUUUAUAAACCUUAAUAUGUUGUUUAUGAUAGUUGCUGUAUUGGUGGCAGCAAGGAUAGCAAGUCAUCUCGCCCCAGUGCAGGGCAAACUACUCUGUACUACCCUGCCAAUGCCUGACUAAUCCCCCUGUCUAUUUAAUCCUGGGCCUCUAUGCCAAGUCUGCCAGCAAGGAUGCCUGGUAUUGAGAAUUAUUAUGUUGGCACCUGUGAAUCGUGGACGUUUCUACACUGCAAGUUCAGCCGAGACCACUUAUGCAUUUCUUGUUGGCCACUGAACAGCCAUCAUAUGGUAACAGCUUUACACUUGCUAGAGUAUAGAUAGUGAUACAACAUACCCACACCUUGAUAGUAAUAGUUUGGUUAUUUUUAGCCUCAAAGCCUCCAAUAUUUGCCUUUUGAAAUACAUUGUUUGUUUUAUGGUACUAGUCCAGGCACUUGUAUAUCCAGUGUUAGUAUAUUCAAGUAAUAUCAAUUGUUACCUUUGCUUUUUACACUAGGACUGAUAUAUACUUUCAUGGUAACUACUGAUGCAUUGACUUUAAAAGCUUUAAUCCUUUGACUGUAUUAUCAGUCCAAAUUAGCAAAAGUACGCAAGGCAAUUCACCAUCCUUAAGUCAGCACAUUGUUGCAAUCUCCUGUUUUUAGGAGAUUCUAAAUUGACAUAAAAAGUAGCUGCAUGGAACUAGAAGCUCCCUCUAACCCCAGAAUCUUCAUGCUCUCACAUUUUAAAAAACGAAUCACUGUUCCAGAAGUUAAUUUCACUUACAGUAAAAUAACAGAUAUAUUUAUUUAAAACCAUGCUUGUACAGGGUCCUUUCCAAGCAAAUUAGAAGCCUUAAGUUCUGUCCUGAGGAGUUUACAAUCUAUAUUAGACUGACAAUGAAGAGACCAUGGCAGAAAAGGGGAUUGGUCAGGAGACAACAGAAAAUAAUAGCAAGGGAUUGCUGCAGCUGCAUUAUUUUUUUGCAGCGAGAAGAUCAGAUAAGCCUAUUUUGUUUCACUUCUUGUUUGCGAUAAGUUUUUUUUUCCAAUUUAAAUUUGAGUUUCCUGAGCUUUUUAAUGUUCCUAAAAUUAUUAUUGCCACAGACAAAAAUUAAUCUGAGGUAUAACUUUUAGAUCUAAUUUGUAAGUACGUACUUUUUAAACCUAUAUCUUUUGCUGGAUUUAUUUUCCUAUCUUGGUUCUACAGUAGUUAGGAUUUCUGCUGUCUAAUACAGUUCUAAAGUCUGGUUCAAUAGGGUAUUACAUUAGAGAGGAACGGAACUAUAUGGUGGGAUAUUAUCUAUAUAGAUUGGAAUUUGCUGGUAAAGGCCCUGAUCUCCCACUGAAACUAAUGGAAUUUUGCCAUUGAUUUCACUGGAGAUUGGCCCCAAAAGGUUGUUUGAAAAAAAAGUAAUUGGAAUGUUUAUCAACAAAGUGCCUAAGUAAUUUGUGAGAAUGAAAUGUACUUAUUGCAUAAUGGAGUGCUAGAAAAUGUACUCUCCUUCAGAGCAAUAAAUUACCUGACACUUCGACCUUUA